AUGCUCUCUCGGACAGACUCUGAGGCAUCUUUCAUCCUAGUCGGCUCUGAAUCAGUCACAGAUGACAAAGGCUCUGAUGCCGAAACACCUCGGGCUGAGCUGAAUCGCAUGUUACCGGUGUCCCGUUUACGACGGCAUUGUCCAGUUAAGCGGAGCUCAGCCUCUCAAGCUUCAAGACCACAAACACCCGAGCAAACAUUUGCGCACGACUGGUCUGCUGCAGGUACUGGUGGGAGGCUGUACAUUCACGGCCGGCACUUCGUCGACGCGCACGGACGUGUAUGCAACCUCCGCGGCGUGAACUUGUCCGGGAACUGCAAAACGCCAACGAACCACGACCAUGACAGCUUUCCUGCCAACCAUGCGGAUGUGACAUUCGUCGGACGACCAUUCCCUCUUGAAGAGGCCCCGGACCACUUCGCAAGGCUUCGUCGAUGGGGUUUAACGUUUAGUACGAGUGCUGGGUAUUAUGGCCCUGUUACUUCCAGUGGGAUCUAUGAUACCGACUACCUAUCCUACAUCCACGUAUGGUCGCGCUACUCUGGCGGAUCCGGAGCACCGGCGUGGACACUGGAGGCGGUCGGCUUUGACCUGCAUGGUCUCGAGGAACCGGGCGCCGCAUGGCUGAGGGGUGUGAAGGGUGGAGGACACAUCGAAGACGAGCGAGGGCUUUGGCCAUGCGGCUACCAGAAGCUCGCUGCUGCUACCAUGGCAACAUGUUUCUGGGCAGGCGACACAUUCGCGCCCAAGUUGAGGGUCAAGAACACGGAAGGAGAAGAGGUCUCGAUACAGGUGUUCCUCCAGACGGCCUUCCUGAACAUGUGGAAAGUCCUCGCCCAGGCCGUCGGGGAUCUGGAAGGUGUGCUAGGCUUCGAGAUUAUGAACGAGCCGCACCGAGGCUACGUCGAACUCCACUCCAUGCACGCGUUUGACUACAACACUGAUCUCCACCUUGGACAUGUCCCGACUGCAUUCCAAUCGUUCAUGCUCGGCGCUGGUCACCCGGCGACAGUCGGCUUCUGGACGCGCUCCUUCCCCAUGCCCACGCGGCGCACCUCCACGAAAGUGCUCAACACCGCGCGCCAGAAGGCGUGGCGCGACGACGGCCCGACCAACGGACUGUGUAUCUGGGAGAUGCACGGCGUGUGGGGCUGGGACCGCCGGAAGGACGAGGGCGUGGUGCUGAGGGAGAGCUACUUCACGAAGGACCCGAUGACGGGGCGGAAGGUCGACUGGUACGAGGACUUCUACUACCCGUUCUUCUGUCCGGCGUCGUGGACGGCCGAGCGACGACCUGCGAACAUGAUCUACGCACCACACUGGUAUGAUCUGAACGGGCUGUUCACAAAAGCCUUCGGCAACUUUACCGUGAACGUGCAAGGAUUGUCUAGGGGCAUGUUCCCCCUCAAAGCUUUCUACUGGGGUCACCGAGGCGCCCGAGACAACUUCGCUCUGCAGAUCCAAAACAUCGUCGAAGCUGGGUAUCGCUCUCUCGGCGAGAGGCCAGUUAUCAUCGGGGAGUGCGGUAUUCCUAUGGAUAUGAACAAAGGCGAGGCUUUCAAGACGGAUAGGUGGCAGUGGCAGACCUGCAUGAUGGACGCGAUGCUCACCGCGCUAGACCGCGCUCUCAUCGGCUUCACGCUGUGGAACUACAACCCAGACAACGAGGACCACACGGGCGACGACUGGAACGGCGAGAACUUCUCGUGGUUCAGUCGCCGCCGCGCGCUGACCGGCAUGUGGCUCGACCACGCGCAAGCGUCGCCCACGCUCGACAACGGCGCGCGCAUCCUCCGCGCCUUCGUCCGGCCGUACCCAGCCAAGACCGCGGGCAUCCCGAUAGACUUCUCGUACGAGAUGAACACGGGCGCGUUCGAGUGCGCAUGGGUCGUCCCUGGGCCCUCCGCCGACGAGCCCGCCAGCCCCAGCGUGCACAGGCCGCCUACCUCCGCGGACGCGCACCCAGAGCUGACGAGCAAGGUCACGGAGAUAUACCUGCCGUCGAUGAUCGCGCACGACCGGAAGAGCCGGCAGACGCUGAGCAUCGAGCCUGCGGCGCUCACGCCGGGGCAGGUCCAUCGCGUGUCGGUGAAGGUGCUUCUGGGAGACUUUGGGACCCACGUCGUCGCGGCUUUCGUGCUCUUGUUCUCGUUUUUGAUCGCUGUCGUGUUGGUCAUGCUCUCCGAGACGGCCUGA